CUUCGAAGAGCAUCUCACGAAGCGUUCCGCUAAGUCAAAGGAGUCCACCCCCCAGUCAAUUCGCAAUUUGGUCAACGAGGAAGUCGCCAAAGAUGUCGGCACCGUGCAGGUAUGCAGCUCGAAGCUGCGCGCGAUCAAUUCGCUCCAGCAACUCUUUCCGGGUAUCAGCUUCAUUCGCUCAGAGCACUCCGUCGAUACAACGGCGGCACGAGUCUACCGCAGCGGCCACGAACCCCAAGAUUGCCGGUAUCGUUGACCAGAUCAGCCAAUUGACACUCCUCGAAACUGCCGACCUGGUCAGCAGCCUAAAGUCCCGACUUAACAUCCCCGAUCUACCGGUUGGUGGCUUCGCUGCUGCCCCGGCUGCUGCCCCCGCCGCGGCAGAGGAGGCGGACGAACCCGCGCCAGCUGCUCAGGAGAAGACCCUAUUCAACAUCAAGCUGCAAGCAUUCGACACUGCCGCGAAGGCAAAGGUUAUCAAGGAGGUCAAGGGCUUAUUAGGGCUGAGCUUAGUCGACAGCAAGAAGUUCGUGGAGAGCGCACCCAAGAUGAUGAAGGAAUCGGUACCAAAGGAGGAGGCCGAGAAGAUCGUGGCUACGAUGAAGGAGCUAGGAGCUACCGUUGUGAUGGAAUAAUUCAUCUAAACUCGGAAGGCAACACGAACGAUGCCGUAUAUACAUGUAACCUAAACCUGUAUAACAAUACAAAAGCCCUGGAAAGUAAACUUUUCGGAUGGUCAAAAAAAAAGUUGUCAAUCUUAAGAGGUUGUUAUUUUCUUGUCUAUUGAUGA